UGCUGGAGGGGAUGGAGCACACGAUAUAAAGGCAGUGCUGGUAGGAUCACAGUCAUCACUUACUUCACUUGGCUGUCUGAUCCACACUCUGAAAAAUGGCAAAUGCGAAUGUACAGCAACCUGAAAUGGAGAUUAUCAUCCAAGAGCGACGGAAUUCACGUGGCAUAAUGGAGCGCUACAUCUCAGGGCAGCACGUAAGUGUACAAAGACUGAGAGAGCUAAUACCCCUGAGGGUCCCUCCUUCGCCCAUGACAAAGAACAUCAUAAAGCAGAUCCCACCCUACCCAACUCCAGUUGAAUUCUGGGUUUCAGAUGUAGUUCAUGUUACUGACAAGUCAGGAGUGAUGGGGAUACUGGAGUCAGAGCAGUUCAGGUCUGGAGUCAGAGUUUUCAGGCCUCCUGAAAGUGAGUUCUCAUGGUGGGACUUAAAAAUUGACAAAGAGGAGAUAAGAGCAGCAGAGGAACGUUACAUGGAGGAUAAAUCAGAGCUGAAUGUGCAGCAGCCAUUUCUGGAGGAGUUCACCACAUCACCUCUGUUCCAACUCGAGACAUCCAGAUACGGUAAUUAUCGCUUCACAUUCCCCCUCACUGAUCUGAUGCAAUGGUACAAGGAACAGAACUGUGGAGGAGAAGAGCCGGUUCUCAGGGUGUACGAGACCGUCACCUACAGCCAGGAGAUUAUGUACGUCGUGCUGAUUCACAGUCCUGAGGAUAACGAGCGUUUUGGAGGAUAUCCGCUUCUUGAAACCAGUGAGUGGGUUCAUUAUCAGGACGGGAAAAUUACCUGGAAAGCACAAGCCAUUUGUGAAACCCACUGGUAUCGGUUUGAUUCAGGAGAAGUGCAACGUCUAUCUACUCAUGAGUUUUAUGUCUGGGAUCAGGUUAGUUUAGUCUUUCACUUGCCAAAAGAUACUAAACCUCGUAAAGUCCUGAAAAUCCCCAGAGAACGGCUUAUUGAAGCCCUCGAGGCCUGUAAACUUGACAAGAUAAAUCUCUCGAGGAACAAAAAGAAUGAAAGUGAAAGAGAGGAAGAUUUCUUGGAAGCUCAGAGAAUUGUGAUUGAGUUGAAAAACAACUGAAAGUGGAGGAGAAAGAAGAAGAGCGAUGAUGAUGAUGAUGAUGAUGAUGAUAUAAAAAUGGAGGUAGACAUGUGAUUGUGAAAGAUUCAAAGUGGCAGUUAAACAGUGAAGUGGAUGAAGUUCAGGCAAAAAAAUUGUGAAACACAUUUAUGUCACAGCACAAAAAAUACUCAUAUUGUUAUGUUUAACCACAUAUGAUUUAAUAUUUCUAUCUAAUUUCUAUCAAGUCAGAAAUAAUCACAACUGUGUAAUGUUUUGUAAUCAUUUUAAUCAAAAACAAUUCAGUAUCAUGCAUGUGAUUUGUGAAUGAUGCUCUUCUGGAUUUAUUACGAGGGCACAAAUGAUC